GGAUGUAGUCAUUCAGGAAAACAUGGCGGCUUCGAAAAACACAAACAUCCCAGAUUAUGAAUACACUGAUGUGAACACCGACAUAUUUCAUAUCGACUCGUUCAGGGCCGAGUGGCUGAACAGACUGCAUCCCGGGGACUUCUCCUACCAGCCGGGGGACCAGGACUCCUCUGACGCUCUCUUCGCGGAGGAGAUGGGCAUCAGCGCGGACACCAUGGCUGAGCUCAAGACGGUCUGCAGUCUUGAUUCACUUCGUUGCCACCCGGAGGAUCAGCCUCCUGAUACAGACGUCGUUCCUCCAGACCCGACGCUGAAGACACUAAUACAAAGAAAGAAGAAACAAGAUUACAGAGAUACUCGGAAAAUCAGCAAGAAUAGACACGACCUCUACGCUGAUGAACUGGAGCGUUUAACUUUCGGUAAGAAAUCAGAGACACUGGAUGACAUGGUCCCUGAAGGAGAAAUCCUUCUCAACGUCAACGUCUACUACCCGGCUAUUUUUGAGAAAUUUACCCAUGUCAGACCCCACAUCACCAUGCUGAUGAUGGGCUCCCACACGUUGGCAGAGCUCAGGGAUGCCAUCUGCUGCGUCAGCGACUUGCAAGUGUGCGGAGAGUUCAGUAACACGCCGGACAUGGCUCCAGACUUCAUCAGCAAGGAUCAUUUCAAGUCAGCUUUCUUUUAUUUCGAAGGAGUUUUCUAUAACGACAUGAGAUAUCCCGAGUGUCAGGACACCAGUAUAACUACCAUUGAAUGGGCAAAGGACCGCAACUUCCCAACGUACACCCAGGCCAAGAUGGAGGACACACGAUUUGUGGAUCUGAAGAUAAAAGUGGGCUUCCCGUACCUCUACUGCCAUCAGGGAGACUGCGAACACCUCGUCAUCAUCACAGACGUCAGACUGACCCAUAAGGACGACUGCCUGGACAAGAAGCUGUAUCCUCUGCUCACACACAAGCACAGGGUCUCCACCCAGAAGUGUGCCGUCUGCCACGUCUACAUCGUAAGAUGGGUUACUACCAAUGACCGGUUUGCUCCCAGCAACCCGUGCCUCUUCUGUGAUAAGUGUUUCCGGAUGCUGCACUACGACACUGAAGGCAACAAGCUGGGGGAGUUCCAGGCCUUCCCCUAUGUGGACCGUGGAGCAUUUAACUAAGGCUGUUCGUGCUCAGAUCACUCAUAUAAUGCUGUAAAAUACAGUUAAUUGUUUUAUAUUUCAGAGAGAAAGUUUUGAAGUUAUGAAAAUGUAUUUUUUCAAAAAUUAUUGUUCAUUUUCUCGACUGUUAAUGCUUUGAUUUUCCGACUUGUGUAGAAUAAACAGUGACAUUUACUUGAAAUUCA